AUGUCGGACGACCAGAACAUGCUCUUAUUGCGCAGCGAUCUGCACCAUCUCUUUGACACGCGGCGCAUUGCCUUGAUCCCGAAACAGAUCGAUCUCGACACAUCCCGGCCUCCCCAACUGCUUGUCCAUGUUCUGGAGCCAAGCAACUCAGCGCAACUUGUCCCACUGUUUGCUUGGUCCCUCUUUACUGACGAGCGCAUCCCAUUUGUAUCAUGGCCCGGUAUGUUCAAUAUUCUUUUAUGGAACAAAAUUACAAAUUCGGUUGAAACGCGGGUUUGUACGAGUAAAGACGUCUCUUCGUUCUCCCAAGUAUUUGACCCAUCAACAAGGUCUCAAAGCCGGAGUGUCAGCCCCAAAAAGAGACAGAUGACGGAUGCUUCGGAGUGGGGUGAUAUUCAUUCAGAUGGGGAAGACACCUUGGGUGACGACGGAUGUUUCGGUGAUUCAUCUUUCGAUCAGGACGAGUCGCUGAGAGGCCGGCCAUUGUUCCGGAGGCCCGUGGCGCCGCUUCAUUGA